GAUACGUGCCAUUUCUUUGUUUUGCCAAUUUUUUAAAUCGAUGGAGUCAUCGAGUUAUUUUGUAACUAAUCGAUAGUGUUAUGGCCGCCGUUUGGCUGUUUGACGAAAUCCAAAAAUAUGGAAGUGAGAAUGGCUGAACACACAGUUUGGUUUUUUAUAUUUAUCUUAACAUUAUUAGAUGUAUCUGUAAAAACUAAAAUGACAAUACACGGGAACACCCAUGGGAAGGAAAGUGUUUUUAUGCAAGCCAAUAAUGAAGUUAGAUAUCUUGUGGCUGGCAUAGCAGCAUCUUCAAUGCACAAGGAAUUGUCUGGUUCUUCAGGUGUUGGGAUGCCAAGUUUAGAUGAAAAUUCUGUGUAUAAUGAUAAACUUAAUUUAAAAUUUGAUCCACCACUAUUAGACUUCGAAGAAAGAUAUCUUGGGAUACCACACCAAAAGAAGGUCUCACUCUUCAACGUGAAUGAUAAUAAAACAAUUCACUUGUCUUCAAUAUCGGGCGAUACAGCACAUUUUCACAGUUCAUUUUUCGAAGAGAAGAUCAUCCCCCCACUUGGGAAUACGUCAUUCAGUGUCGUGUUCUUGGGACGGGAGGAAGGAGAGGUGGAAAGCUGCCUUUUCAUUCAUACUUCAGAAGGGAGUUUCAAGUACCAGGUGAAGGGCACAAGUAUCAGCAGCCCUUAUCGCUUGAGGCCGCUCGUGGGCGUACGUGUGCCGCUCAACUCGACAUACUCUCCACUUAUAUAUAUGCACAAUCCUCAUGCAACUUCCAUUCAAAUCAUUGAAAUUUACAGUACUGGAGGUGAUAUCCAUUUGAAACUUCCAUCUGGAGAAGAGGAAGGCCCUAAAAAUUUAUGGGAGAUACCACCUUUUUGUACGAAACCUGUGAUCAGGAUUCAUUUCAUUGCCACAACAGAGAAAAAUCAUACUGCGUAUAUCAGAUUCAGGGUGAAUAACAGCGACGAAGUUCUGGUUGUGCCGGUGGAAGUAGAAGUGGCUUCUAAUAUCGGCUUGUACUCAACAGACGACGUAUUAGAUUUUGGAAUCGGGGGCAGCCGAGACAAACCAAAGGAAGUCAGGCUUCUGCUUUAUAACUCAUUGAAGAAAGUGAUUCGAAUACAAAAUAUUAUUGCCACUCCAGUAUCAAAAGCUUUGAAAAUAGAUUUUCAGCCUGUCAAAGUUCCGCCAGAUUCAAAUUCGCCGACACAAGUAGCUGUUUUAACGUUUGAUUGGAAAACUGCGUUUGAAACCCAACUUUUCAGCGGUAAGCUUCUGAUAAAGACCAAGCAGAGCCAGCAGAAAUUAGUGAUUCCUUAUUUGGCUCACGUGUUUGAAGGUGGCCUGGAAUUUAAUGCCUCCGUCACUCAUUACUCUUCCGACUUGGGAUUGAAUCUCAGUGUUAGAAAUUUUACUGUAACAAAUGAAUUCAAAAUACCGGUGGCACUUGUAAAUGUUUCCCUUCCCGAGGAAGCACAACCUCAUUUUAUGAUUAAAAAUUUUUCACCUGUAGUCCUUGGUGAAGGGGAGAAGGUUUUACUGUUCCAGCUAGCUGUCAAAAAGGAAACAAUUGAAUCAGAGUUGAAACUCGAAUCAAGUCUAUUCUUACACACAAAUAUUUCAACGGUAUCAAUUCCGCUUUUAUGCUAUAAUGGACGGUUGAUGAAGGUGAUUUUAUCGGGAUUUAACGAAACAGAUUUAAAUUUUGGAACGGUUGGGACCUCUAGUCAAAAGGAAGCUCAUUUUGCUGUCAUUAAUAAGAAUCCAGUUGCAGUACUUCUGAAAAGUUGGGGUACAAAUACGACAGGCACGCUAAUUGAAUUGAUUGGAGUGGAAGAGGGGAACCUGUUAACUGUACUGCAGCGACACAGUUUCAGUAAUAUGAACACAACACUGGUUCUUAUGGGAGGACAUUACGCUGUAUUCCGAGUGUCUGUCACGGCUCCAAACACUGAAGGGGAUAUAAUAGCUGAAGUGUUUGUUGAGACUCAAUUUGAGCACGUUGUAAUCCCAGUAAGGAUGACGGUAUUACACGGGAAUCUUGAGAUAGUUCCAGAAUCACUUGUGCUUGAUGAUUGCUUUCCUGGGAAGGUAUGCAUGCAACAGCUUCAUGUUCGGUCACUAUUCAAUCGAGAAAUGGACGUGACCGGCAUUGCGAGUGUGCCGCCAGAUCCGCAAGUGAGCUUUGAGUACAAGAGACAACAUGACAGCUCUUUCACUUUACCUGUACCUCCCAUAUCGCCACUUAACAUCAGCUCAAUUGGUGUGCUGACGUUCAACCCAGCUAUUGGGUGCAGAGAUCAGUGUUAUCUUGGGAUAUCAGCAAAUACCACAAUUGGGAGUCACUGGCUUGAUGUACUGGGACUCCCUAUUCAUGCGCAAGAUACAGAUUUGGUGUUGUUGAACAUAAGGUAUAACCGUUAUCUGGCACUGACAGAUGGCGGGUCGUCAGUAUGGCAGAACUUUACGUUGCGUUUAGAUACCACAGAGGUGCGGAGCCACAUGUUCCAGGCCAGAGUAAGACUCACAUGGCCCAAACUUUUGUCUUCGCUUCAAGAUGGCUUCACCGCUGCUGUCACCUUUCCUGUUACGCAGAUUGGGAACACAUCGUACAAGGAACUUGUCCUGAGAAAUCCUUCGUCAGAGGUGGUGAUUAUUCAGUUGGCUCUCGACUCUGUUUAUGUACAGGGAAACCAUUUCUUGGACAGCCUUCCAGAAAGAUUUCGUCCUGAUUGUAAAGAAUGCUCAAACUCGGCACAUGGAGAAUUUACGUGGGCGGAAGGCACCAGGCCUAGCGCCAUGUUGCAGAGUCAACUGGGUGUUCCAGUACAUAGAGAAACUUUUGCCAUGUUGAUACAACCCGGUGAAACAGUUCGUGCGAGACUGGGCUUCUCGCCCGUAAAAGCUGGGCCCGUCUCGGCGCUUAUCUACGUGAGAAACAACCUGACGGUAUUGGAGGUUGUGCAGGUUAUAGGGCAGGCUUCACAUGCGCAGUUCCGAUUUGGAAACAGAAAACCAGGAUCUGGGACUCCUCUUCUGUUUGAAUUAUCAGAGAAACUUCUUAAAGAUUGUGAACGAGAAAAACAUCGCAAGUUCCCGGUACCAAAUCUCACGGUGAAGAGGUCUUUUACUGCUCGCAACACCGGUGAUUUGCCGAUCCACGUGACAGGUUUUAACAUUAACGGACUUCCUUGCGAAGGUUACGGAUUCCGGAUACUUAACUGCGGAGCGUUUUAUCUUCCGCCAAAUGGCACGCACAAGAUCGACAUAGCGUUCACUCCAGAUUUUACACUUUCUCGUAUUCAGCGUACUCUGAGUAUAGACACUAGUCUUGGCAUACCAGUUAAUUACACAUUAAUUACAACUUUGCCGCCAUACUUUCUGGUAUCUUGUUCCAGCGUCUUGGGUCGCCCCGACUGGGAACCAUUACUUUAUUAUUCAGCUGUUAGUUUCAUGGCAUUUCUUCUAUUCUGUGUUCUUGCCGCCGCAUUCUUCGAGUCGGAUCGUAUACUUAGGUGUGCCCUCAUAGCCAUGGAAGUAGACAGAGCCAGCUGUGUACUGUCUGAUGUAAAACAGAGUUCUCCUAGUGGUCAAAAGAUUGGGGAAAGUAAAUCAUGUAAUGGAAAACAGGAAGAAGUGGGAGAGUGGAAUAUUCAUUCAUCAGUUCCGCAAACGCAGAAGCACUUGAAAGGGCCGUCACACAACUCAAAUAACACUUACAGAAGUUCAUCUAGCAAAAAUGACAAUUGGACAGUGGUUGAUGACAGGCAUAUAAUGAGUGAAAUAGACGCGAAGGAGGGGUCAGUGUGCGCGAAAUAUUACGAACCUGAAGGAGGUUGUUCAAAUUCUUCGACUCCACUUUUUGCAAUAAAAAAUAAGAGGAAGCUUGGAAAACGAAACAGCAAUAACAGUGAUGCGCCUGUACUUUCUGAGUCAUUACACGAAAUUCCAGUGUUGAAGAAAAGUUGGGGGAGUGUAUUUUCGAGGUCCAGUCAAGGAGUUUCUACUUUAAAAUCCAGACAAGUAGAUUCGGAACUGAAAGCGCCGGCAAACACGGCAAAUUGCGUGGCUGUGGAGUCCAACUGCAAGAAGACCGCGGAGAGCGGUAAAGACGGGAAAAGGCUCGGUCAAGCGUUCAAGAAGAAUAAAGUUCAUCCAGAACCCAUGAUUUGUUCAGAGGAGGAAACUUCAUCCACAACAACAGAAAGCUCAAACAAUGAUGAAGUUGAAAAGGAAAGAGAUUCGUGUGGGACACGAUCGUUAGGCAGACCACACAAAACAACGGCAAAGAAUGAUAACCAUAGUUCUGACUACCGAGAUAAUUACGAAGGUGAUUGUGAUGAUGAUGAUUAUGAUCGAGAGGCUCAAAAGAGGAAGGAUUUCACUAGCCGCUGGAAGUCCAGUCACAAAUCAGUGCUGGUAAAACGCACACAGCAGCAGCAGGAGUUUGAUGUUGGAUCAAACAAGACGUCCACCAUUGGUAGCACUGAUGUCCCUAGACCACUGAGUUUAGAAUUACCAUACAAACUGAAGUCGUCUAAAAAUACCAGUCGAGAUCGGAAAGAUGGAAAUGUACUUAAGAGGCGCACAACCGAUAAAACUGGAAAUUCAAAGGGACCAACACAUGUGGUGGAAUCUACCAGCUUGGGGAACUGUAACAAUAGAGUAUCACCUCCGUUACGUUCAAGUAAUUGCUGGGGUGAACAACGAGCCACAUUUAGUGAUGUAGUGGCAAGAAAUGACAAUUCUCUUUAUUCGAAUAUCGUGGCUCCACACAAACACGUGCAGCAGUCACAGCAGCAGUUUUCGCAGGUGGCGUCAUCUCUGCCUGUAUGUAGCAGUAUUGGUAGCACUGUUGCUACCAGGAAAGCACCAGAGCCUGUCACUUCUACCAACAUUACGUCUGGACUCGGUCCGAUAGGUCCAAAAAAGACCAAAAUUCCGUCUUCAUCGUCUUCUUCUUGGGAGGUUUAUGGCAAAUCGCUGUCACCGUCACUAUCGUCGUCAUCAUCGUCGCAGCUUCUACCACAGAAGAAAUCUUCAAGCUUUUUUCUUGGUGCAUUCCCUGAGACAACUCAGUCACUGCAGGUAGAUGAAAAUCCAGAGUCGGCCCCGUUUAUGAGUGAUAUGGUAUGGAAACAAGAGAACCUGUUGAUGGAACAAGCGCAUAAACGGAAGGAAGAGAAGUAUCAAAACGCAUUCCGAGAAUUAUGGCCUCAUUCUCUGUGGGACCCUCUGUAUACUCCAGCAGUGGCAGAUGCUACUCUUUAUAGCGCCCCGAAAGUAUCGGAGGAAGACGAUGCUUCUCCUGUCUCGGUGUGGGGCUCAUUUGUGAACUCGGUGUGGUCGUCAUCUCCGUGGUCUACUGGAACGGGCUCCAUCGCUUCAUCUGUCUCCUCUGUGCCCAGUCCCAUCGUGUCGCCCACACCAAUUAGACAGGAGGCGUCCCAUAACGUUGACGAAGAUAACGCAGCUGACAUUGAUCAAGGUCUUGGGUUUGAUCCAUUUCGGUCACUGAACAACAUCUGGACACCUCGUUCGACCGAUAAUUGGAGCCCUUCUAGCACAGAGUGAAUUGAAUAGUCUGUGGUAAAAUGACUUCUGUCUUUAAUUCUUUCUUCUUAAGUCUUGAUUUCCAUAAUGGAUCUUCCUGCUUUUUGACAAUAUCUAUUAGUCUUAAAACAGUUUUCACUUGUUUUGCAAAUGCGUACUAAACGUGUAGCAAUUUUUAUUAUGUGUGAUGUGAAGAGAGCAUUGUUUUUCCUCAAAUUCUGUGUGGGUCUAUAUAACGACACAGGAAAAUGUAGUUAAUGGUGAAAAUUGUUUGAGACCUUUUUUUUUUCUUUCAAAAUCUGUACAUGGGUGCUGCAUAUUCUAUAACAGAAUGUAAAACAUUUGAUUUUGUUGACAAAGUUUUUUUACAGUUCAAAUUCUUGCAUUGUAACUUGAUGACAUUAUACUUCCUUCUGGUUUUUGGUUCCAUUUUUCGUAAUUACCUAGAUUAAAAUAUUCUGCAAGUCCAUCAGCGAAAAAUGUUUAUGUUGGAUUUUCUUCUCCUGACAAUUCUGUCGUCAUUGACAGCUUUAUCUACUCUACUCUACUCUUUUGAUUUCUGUUCUCAAUAAUCUUGAUUUUGUUGUAAAAUGAAGGGGGGCUCCUGCUGAUGUGGUUGUGCAUCAUUCAACUUAUAUAUAUAUUAUUUUUUUAUUGUUUAUCAUUUUAAAUAAAGUGUGCAGCAUUGAAAUGAGUGUGUAGCCCCCCUUUCUGCAUGUUUUAAAUUAUUUCGUUACAGUGUUGUGUACCAAGCCACUAAAGAAUGUUCAAAUGACCUGUACCAUUGUAAUUUUUGACUGCUCAAAUCCCACUUCCUGCUGGCUGGCACAUUAGUGUACGCAUAUGGAUAAUAGUGUUCGUUACCUUAAGUGGAGAGGAAAAAUCAUUGGGAGAGAAGAGUUUUUAUUGUAAUAAAAAUAUCUCAUUGUGACAGCAAAA